CGCACGCUCCCAAAGCAUAAAGCAAAGCUCCUCACUUUCUCUUUUUCUCGGUAAAUAAAAUGCCCUCGGUUUCUUUCCCCCGUUUAUCAUCUCUCUUCUUCUCUGUACAAUUUCCAUUUCUCUCUCUACAAUUUGCUCAGCCAUGUCUCUCUCUGUAAGACACCGGCGCCCUAACCUUGCCCCUGAAGAUGAGCAGGAGGAUUCUUCUUCCUCCUACUCAAAACUCGACAAACCAGAGACCACGAAGCAAGAUACAGAGACUGGUCUCAAUUGGAGGCUCCCUUUCAUCGUUCUCUCAAUCCUGAGAUAUAUGAGCGCCACCUCCAAUAUCAUCCAUGACUGUGAUGAAUCCUUCAAUUACUGGGAGCCCCUUCACUACCUUCUCUAUAAUUCAGGUUUCCAAACCUGGGAAUACAGCUCAGAAUUUGCGCUUCGCUCAUAUUUGUACACUCUUUUGCAUGCAUUGCCAGCUGCUCCAGCUUCUUGGAUGUUUAAAGAGGAAAAAGUCAGGGUGUUCUACUCAGUGAGGCUUUUUCUUGGUCUUCUCUCAGCAAUCUGUGAGACUGUUUUGGUGGUAGCCCUUUCCAAGAAGUAUGGCAAGCGUCUUGCCAUGUACACUUUAGCAAUGCUUUGUUUUACAAGUGGUUGCUUCUUUGCUAGUACCAGUUUCCUGCCAAGUUCGUUCUCUAUGUAUGCUGUGACUCUUUCAUCAGCUUUGUUCCUUCUAGAUAAACCGGCUUUGGCAGUUCUGGUGGCUGCUGCAGGUGUUAUCCUUGGAUGGCCAUUUUCCAUCUUAGUAGUAUUGCCAGUGACUAUUUAUUCCUUGAUAUCUGGAAGGUUCCAGCAAGUGUUCCUUGCAGGGCUAGCAACUUCACUUGGCAUUCUGGCAUUCUCUGUUCUCACUGAUCAUCACUUUUAUAAAAGAUGGACAUCAUCGGUUCUGAAUCUUGUAAUCUAUAAUGUUGUUGGAGGUGGAGACAGCCAUUUAUAUGGGACUGAAGGGACACUGUUUUAUCUGCGGAAUGGAUUCAACAAUUUCAAUUUUUGCUUCAUUCUAGCUUUACUGUUCCCAGUGAUUCUACCAAUCACCAAGAAGAAAUAUUAUCCCCAUUUGUUUGUUGUAGUUGCUCCCAUUUUUAUAUGGUUGAUAUUUAUGUCCUUGCAGCCUCACAAAGAAGAAAGAUUCCUUUAUCCGAUAUACCCACUAAUAUGUGUGGCUGCUGCUGCUGUCAUUGAAAGCUUUCCUGAUUUCUUCCGAUAUGAAAAUAGCAAUGAUGAAAAUACACCAUGUGUUAUGAUAGCAAAAAUCCUCAGACCUUUGGUGCUUAGCCUCAUUUUGUGUGCCUCCCAUGGCCGGACACUCUCACUUUUACAUGGCUACUCUGCACCAUUAGAGAUCUACCAGCAUUUAGAACUCGAUGAUGAUACUGGUGAAGGCUCUGUGGUCUGUGUUGGGAGUGAAUGGCAUCGCUUCCCAUCUUCCUUCUUCAUCCCAUCCCAUGUGGGUCAAGUUCGAUGGAUAGAUGAUGGUUUUCGGGGAUUGCUUCCUUUUCCGUUUAAUUCAACUCUUGGGGGCACUGCAGCUGCUCCUCCUUAUUUUAACAACAAGAACAGGGCAUCUGAUGGGCAAUAUCUUAGAGACCUUGAAACUUGUACUUUCCUUGUGGAGCUUGAACUGCAAAGGCCGUAUCCUACGCGUGGGAGUGACUUAUCCACAUGGGAGGUGCUUGCCGCCCUACCAUAUUUGGACAGAGAAUUGUCACCUGUUGCUUAUAGAGCCUUUUUCAUCCCACAUCUGUGGCAGCAAAAGAAUGUCUUUGGAAAGUACAAAUUGCUGAGGAGAAAGCCCAAGUGAUCCGUUCAAUGGUUACUUGAGCCACCUUUUAGGUUGCCUUUUGUAAAAUCUUGAAUUAUGCAACCAAAAUUUUGACCAGAUCAACAUUUCCAUGUAAUUGCUUGCGGGAAUUCCCCUGAACUGAGAUUUCUCUUCAUUUGUGUGUUAACGCACUAAUCAGGGAAUAAAUUUUAAAUGCCUGAAACCAAGCAAUUUGCAUUGAA